AUGAGCGACGAACCUGUAGAGCUCACCAACCUUGGAGCGUCCAAGGUUGACACCCCACCAGAGGAUGCUACACCACCCGUUCAAUACCCGCGUGGUAUCCGCUUGGCUUUGAUAACUGUCGGCCUCGCUCUCUCCAUCUUUCUCGCUGCUUUGGAUUCAACAAUCAUCGCUACCGCAAUCCCGAGCAUCACCACGCAAUUCCGUAGCAUCAGCAGCUUGGCCUGGUAUGGCUCGUCCUACGCAAUUACCAACACCGCAUUUCAAUCUGCGUGGGGCAAAGCCUACCAGUACUUCAGCCUCAAAGCCACCUUCAUGUCUGCAAUUGCAGUGUUUGAGAUCGGUAAUGUAAUAUGCGCAACUGCACCAACAAGCGAGGUUUUGAUCUUCGGGAGGAUCGUGUCUGGCAUGGGCGGUGGCGGAGUGAUGACGGGUGCGUUCAUCAUCGUCGCAAUGACAGCUGGACCACAAUACAGGGCCGCCUAUAUGGGCGUGUUUGGCGUGACUUUUGGAUCUGCAAGCGUCGUGGGACCAUUGUUGGGUGGCGUUCUGACAGACGGCCCUGGAUGGCGAUAUUGCUUUUGGUACGUGAACCCCGAUCUGUGUUUUGGCUGCUUUACCGUCUACAACACACUCUCCACCAAAUGUUUUGCGCGUGGAUGGAAACCACGCAGGCAUUAUCAGGUCAAGGUCGGUGUGCUGACACUACACAGGAUCAGCCUACCGAUUGGUUUCGCUGCUGCGCUCACGAUGUUCCUCUGUUUCCAUGACCCUGGCAAGCCCAAGGAUGUACCUCUCCGCGAGAAGCUCCUGAAUUUGGACCUUAACGGCGCCAUCUUGCUAUCCGGAUGCUUCUCUUGCUUCAUCCUAGCCACGCACUGGAUCGGCAUCAUGCCUCCGACUAGUGCUCGUAUCAUUGGCAGCUUUAUCGGUUUCGUGGGCCUUUUCAUCUGCUUCGCGAUCAACGAACGCUACAUGGGGAGCUGCGCGAUGGUACAAGCUCGCGUGUUCAAGAACAAACUGGUCUUCGCCAAUCUGCUAUAUGCAUCCUUCAUUGCGGGCGCCUUCUUUCCGCUCAUGUAUACACUGCCAAUCCAGUUCCAAUCUGUCAACAACAACACGGCUUCGCAGAGUGGAGUCCGACUUAUUCCACUCGUCAUGGGCGUCUCACUCUUCACUAUGAUAUCUAACGGAACCCUCACCUUCUGGCGCCACUAUAAGCCCUUCUUCUUUGUCGGCGCAAUCUUGGCCGUAGCUGGGAACAUAAAGAUACACUCCUUGGAUGCCAGCACACCAACUAGAGACUGGGUCGGCUUCGAGCUUUUGACAGCCACGGGAGUCGGCCUCGCUCUUCAGAUCCCGAUGAUUGCCAAUCAGGCUCUCGUUUCUGCAGAUGACCUAGCCGCUGUAACAUCGAUGUCGCUCUUCAUGGAAAAUACUGGUACUGUAUUCUCCGUCGCAUCGAGUGAAGCGGCAUUCACGAACGGACUGCUUUCAAGCCUCGCCCGCAACCUGCCCGAACUGGACGCGAAGGAGAUAAUGGAUGCUGGCGCGACGCAGAUCCGCGGGCUGUUCUCAGGUCAUGAGCUUGAUCAGUUUGUCCAACGCUGUGCCGGCGACCUUGCAAGGGAUAAAGAAGCGGCUUGGGAAAAGCCAUGA